AAAAGAUACUUUCGGCAUCCAAUGGCCAGCCCAUUUCUUCUUGUGGCAUUGCUGUUGUUUACUACAUAAUAUAGAUAGACAGAUAACAUAUUAUCCACAACAUGAAGUCCCUGUCGCUACCCAUCACGACCAUUCUCGUGGUUGCCGUCCUCGCUGUUCUGUGGCAAGUCCUUCUCAAGUUCCAUGUAUCCGAAUGGCAAGACUCCAAGGAUCCACGGGUAGCCGCCGUCAGUGCUACCUUUCAGGAAUUGCUUCACGACGACGACAACAAAAACAAUAAUGACUUGACGAUUGCCAACCGCGGCUCGUUUCAAUGGGAUAUGGCCACCUUUGUCUGGAAUCGAUUUGCAGAGAACUUUGGCAGCAACUGGGCAUCGCCGUACAUGUACAAUGUGCUACCCUUUCUGGGUGGACUUCCCAGUCCCAUGUGGCGGUUACGGCAUCACGAGGCAGUCGUCUUAAUUGCCAACGAACCACCUCCCGUGGAUUACUUUUCCAUUACCACAUUCUGCUUAUUCUCCUGGAAACGGGGACUCUUCUUUGCCAGUUUGGGAGAUGCCAUUAAUGUUCUCAAUAUACACGAUAAUCAAAAACAUGAUGAUAUUACCCACAACAACAACAAUGAUAAUGACUUGUUCGCUCACGUCGUGGUAACCCAAUCCAGUCAACAUACCCUCCAACAAGUCCAACAAGCAUUACAAAAAAGUGGAGUUCCCAAACACGCCAUUCACGUGGCGAUCAUCCCUUCCGAGCUCGUUGACGACGACCAAUUCGCACUUUUUGAAGUCGUCAUGCGACUCUUUCGGUUCCACGACAAGGCUCAAGGAGAAGCCUACCUCCAAUCCAAUCAUCCUGUCUUUUACAUUCAAGGAAAACCACCACCACCAGAAUCCAAAAGUAGCCUUCUGCUGCCAAAGCCAACCUACAAGGAUCGAACACAUUCGAGCCAUGUGAACGAAGUAGCACUCUACGCCAAUGAAUUUGACCAAUACCAAGAGGCCGUCGUGUCACGCAUUCAAGGUGCUUUUGGUCCACCCAAAACACAAAUGAAAGUAGAGCCCGUUCCGUUUUCGCCCCUGUAUAUUCGAGGCUUGCAUUGUCUCGAACAAGGAGGUCAUUGCUUGGGUGAUUGUCCCGAUGCGGCCUAUUUUGGAUCCAAUAUUGAUCCAAACAAGGAAGACAUUCCAACUCUACAAUUGGCACAUUCCAAUGAAAUGCAUGUCAUUGCCAUGGUGGAUCACCGAAAGACCAAUACAUCCAUCUACAGCAAUUUGGCAUUGAUGAAGAGUCCACGCAAGCAAAUCAUACAAAAGUCACGUAUGGAUAUCAGAGGAACUCCCGUCGGGGUCAUGUCCAAUCGAGAGUUUUUUCCGCAAGACAAUAACAACAAUAACAAUCCACAGUCCCCCUUUUUGUCGUGGGCAUUUACGCGAAACCCAGAUCACUGCACGGCACUGAAAAACCUGGUGGAUGGCUGCACAGUUGUCUCGGAACAAGACGUCAAGCUCGAGGCUUACGUGGCCUACUGCGAACGAUUAUACUUGAAUCCUAUUACGGGCACGGGACCCGAUUGGAACAAGGUUUUACCGGCACGUCUCUAUCAUGUUCGCAACAUUCCCAUUGAGGGUGUCAUGGAGGCACGGCGCCAAGAAAAUGCUGCCUUGUUUGCCAAGUUGCGAUUGCCAUCUUCCACCAAUGUGCCGUUGAAGCUAUUUUCGGGAGAGGAGCCGCUCCGUUUCUUGCACAUUGUCAAGACGGGAGGAGAAGCCAUUGAGAAUUAUCUGUGGUCCAGGUCGGAUAUGGUGCCCAAAAUCCACUAUCGUGCUUGUUUUCAAUCCGCGUUGCGCAACAUCACAGGGACUGAGGCCAUUGCAGCUGCCGCCAAAACAUUCUCCUGCAAAAGCGUUGCCACAUUCAUCAGUACGCUACUCUGCGGCCUCAAUUGUGAAUGCUGUGCAGCUGACAUGCACGAAGAAGGCCGCUUUCAUGGGACCCUCCUACGAUCGCCCCGGUCUCAUACACUGUCGUUGUUUACACAUGGACACAAUGCACACCACACAUACUUGGCCCGCAUUGCAUCCGAUGUUCCACUCUAUCUGGCAGAGGGCCUCUUGGUUUACUCGGAAACAGCCUGUGGACAUUCCGGUACCGGGGGUGUCAAGGACUGGAAACAAGCGUUGGAGGCCAACCUAGAGGCAUCUCUGUCCUCUUGGCCACUUCGAGAACAAACCAGCAACGUUCAGACAGGUCCUAGUGGUGUUCAAGUGAUUUCACUGCGAAACACCCAAUCACACGCGUUGGCUUGUAGCAAGACCAGCAGGGGCAGUCUUGGGCAGCACUACCGAGUGGUGCCACCGCAGCCUGAUGGCAAUGACAAACACGAGCAAAGUUCUGCGGCCGUCGAUAUACUGGAGCCGGAUAUCGAACAAGCCCUACAAUCUUUGCAUCGUAUGGAAUGGGUGGGUAUUACGGACUUGUUUCAUCCUAGUCUGUGUCUCUUGCACUAUCAAGCCAAUCAGACACUUCCCCAGGCUUGUGAUUGCAACCAUAAGGAUCACUACACGAAGAAUCCAGCGACCAAACCUUUGCCAGAAGCUAUUUGGGUCGAAUAUCGCAACAAGAAACGAAAGAAGACUGACGUGCCGCAGCACUUAUGGGACAUGGUGGAUGACCACACUUCGAUCGAUUCGCAGGUUUAUGUCGCAGGUUUGCGCUUGCUUCUAGCGAGGUUGCAGCGGGUAGAGGAGCAAACUGGGGUGUCCAUAUUGGCCUGCAUAGAUUGGAUAACCUUGAAACGCAACACAGAGUACAUUCCGGGGUUGUGGGCAGGUGCAGAAUCUCUCCUGGUGCCUGAUGAACCAGAAGAAUCACAUUCGACAAGCGGGGACGAGGAAGGCGCGAACGCAGAAGAGUUAGUUGAAACUGAUGAAGGUCGGGUAAAUGAGAUCGCUCGAGAUGAAGCCAUGGAGACAGAAGGGCAUGAGGAAGUAGCCAACCAAGAGAAGGCUGGAGGUGAGCCACCACACGCAGACGAGGUAUUGGAUGCAGGCGAACAUGAUAUACAAGGCACCGAAUCAGAAUCUAAUGAAAAUCAGCCAACUGAGGCAGCAACGGGGGAUCAAAAUGAAAUCGGGGAUGACAACAAGUCAGCCGAGCCUAACGAGCAGGAGUACUAGCUAGUAGACGGAACGAAAGCCCCGUAUGAGUGAAUUUUCGAGCAAGGAAGAGCAGGCUAGUUCCUACUACACUACACAUCUAACUUUCUUCUUAGGGCCUACCAACACAUCCUCUUUUG